GGGGGUGUGUUGGAGGGACUUCUGAGGGCGGCUUGUCCUGGAAGAAUGGGGGAAAGGUGGCAGCAGCAGCCACUGCCUCCGAGGACAUCCGUGGCGCUCCCUGGGAGACCCUCUGCCCUCUCCCCCUCCCACCAGCCCGAGCGAGCAGGGACCAAGCUUGCUUAUUAUCACCUGACGCUGUGCAGCCACUGAUCCCAUUGGUGGAGCCAGAUUCGGUCUGUCUCUCUCGUUCUUUCUCGCCUUCUCUGCCUCUCUCUCCUCCACGCUGCUUUGAUUUCGCUCUUGCCUCUCUUUUUGUGCUCGCUCCCUCCCUCAGCUGGGAACAGCGUCUCACGGGGGGCAGCAGGGCUUCGCCGCAGAGCCAGACAGGAGCUGCCUGCGGGGCAUGGAAGCAACCUCCGUGGUCGCCGGGAGAGAAGUGGGUGCACGCGGCUGCCCGUGACCCAGGCGUCCAGCAGCCCGUCCCCUGCCUGGGGAGCUCAUCCACACAGAGGUCUCUCCCUUCCCUCCCUACCAGGUCUUCCUUCGCAGAGCGCGGUGAGGCCAGGCUUUUGGCAAAGGACUUAACAGCUGGAUCCAGUCUCCAGGGCGACACAGGUGUGCAAGGUGGUGCCUCCGUGCGUCGGUGAGCCUGUGGGAGUGAGGAGCACUGAGGAGUCCCCACAGGAGCCAAACCAGAGGGCAGCAUGGAGCUGCUGUCCACUCCCCACAGCAUUGAGAUCAACAACAUCACCUGUGACUCCUUUCGCAUCUCCUGGGCCAUGGAGGACAGUGACCUGGAGAGGGUCACCCAUUACUUCAUUGACCUCAACAAGAAGGAGAAUAAGAACUCCAACAAGUUCAAGCACCGGGAUGUCCCCACCAAACUUGUGGCCAAGGCGGUACCACUGCCCAUGACCGUGAGAGGCCACUGGUUUCUGAGCCCUCGCACAGAGUACAGUGUGGCCGUGCAGACGGCCGUGAAGCAGAGCGACGGGGAGUACCUGGUGUCCGGCUGGAGCGAGACAGUGGAGUUCUGCACAGGGGAUUAUGCCAAGGAGCACCUGGCCCAGCUGCAGGAGAAGGCUGAGCAGAUCGCCGGCCGUAUGCUCCGCUUCUCGGUUUUCUACCGCAAUCAUCACAAGGAGUACUUCCAACAUGCCAGGACCCACUGCGGGAACAUGCUGCAGCCCUACCUGAAGGACAACAGCGGCAGCCAUGGCUCGCCCACCAGCGGCAUGCUGCACGGGGUCUUCUUCAGCUGCAACACGGAGUUCAACACCGGCCAGCCCCCCCAGGACUCCCCCUACGGCCGCUGGCGCUUCCAGAUCCCCGCCCAGCGCCUCUUCAACCCCAGCACCAACCUCUACUUUGCGGACUUCUACUGUAUGUACACAGCCUACCACUACGCCAUCCUGGUGCUGGCGCCCAAGGGCUCCCUCGGGGACCGCUUCUGCCGCGACCGCCUGCCCCUCUUGGACAUUGCCUGCAACAAGUUCCUGACCUGCAGCGUGGAGGACGGGGAGCUGGUCUUCCGUCACGCCCAGGACCUCAUCCUGGAGAUCAUCUACACCGAGCCUGUUGACCUGUCCCUGGGCACCCUGGGGGAGAUCAGCGGGCACCAGCUCAUGAGCCUGUCCACUGCUGACGCCAAGAAAGACCCCAGCUGCAAGACCUGCAACAUCAGCGUGGGCCGCUAGGGACUCCUGGGGGGCUGAGGGGCCGGGAGAGAUGAUGGGAGGUGAGGUGGGUGGCAUAGGCUCCGGGAGCUGGCUUUCUCUCCCCUGCCCCCCGGCUCCCUCUGCUCCAUCCACCAGCCCCUCCCCGACCCCUUGGAAUUGGAGGCAGUGGAUGGUGGUCCUCUGGGUAAGCAUGGCCAACCCCAGGCCUGGUGGACCCGGGAAGGCUUCUGAGCCUCGGUCUGCUGGUGGGUGGUUUGACUUUCCAGAGAACUCCCCCUUUUCCCCUGGCUUCCCAUUCUGGCUCUUUGCCUUAUCCAGGCCUCCAACUCGCAGAGUCCUGCCCACCUUCCAGGCUUUCCUGGGGAAGCAUCUCUGGGUCAAAGCCCAUGUGUAGCUUGGCCACCUCCAGGGAGAUGCAGAGAGCUGUGGGGCACCUCCUCCUUAGCCCCGCCCACCCCACUCAGGGCCACCCCAGAAAGCCCCCUCCCUACUGAGCUGGGCCUGGGGGUUACCACCCAGGCCAGCCCCCUCCCUCCUUCCUGUAAGUAGUCUCCUGCACCGCUGUCACACCCUUGCUGCUCCUUGCCCCGGAUAACCCUCUUCCUGCAUGGGAGAGCUGUCCUUCCCUUCCUCCACCUGCCCACUCGGAUGUCCUCAGCUCUCUAGAAGGGGGCCCUUUUUCUUCUCCUGGCUUUGGGGGCUCAGGCUGUUGGGAUUUUCCUUUCUUCUAUGUGAAGAUGUCACAUGCCCCAGCAAAGCUUCUCCCUUGCUCAGAGAACGCUGGGGUCUAGAGCAGCAGCCGCCAGGGUCGAGGAGGGGGAAGCAGACCCCUGAGACCCUUUUCUCGGUCGGAAGCAGGCUGCCUCAUGCCUCCUUAAUGGGGCUUGACCUGGAACUAAAGAACUAAAGGUUGCCUGCAGAGCCCUGGCACCCCACCUGGCUGUGCGCUUCACUCGCUCGCUGUGCCAUGGUGCCGUGACUGUCCUGUGCCUGUGUGUGACCCGGGCUGUGGGCUCUGCCACUCUGCCUCACAAGCGGCCUCCUGUCCUGUCUGCUCUCCUGGCCACUUCUCCAGGAGGCCUCCCUGGGCUCCCUGCGUUCUCGCCUAGUUCCUCCUGUUGUACGGGGCGUGAGGGCGGAGAAGGUGGACUCCCCAAGACAAGCAAAACAGCUGGAGAGAUGGGGAGGUGCUGGUAGAGGCCACGGACAGCAGCCUCAGUGACUCUUGCAGAGGUGACAGGGACUUGGACGAGCAGCUGGAUUUCUGCGAUGAAGGAUAGAGGGGCCGACAGGCCAACAAGGCCAUACCUCAGUGAGGGGCGGGUGGAUGGCCAGCUGCUGGGGAGUGUUGCAGUCAGUGCCUCCUCAGGGUGGGUGAGGAUCCCUGGGGCCUCUGGGAAAUGUGCGGGGUAGGAGAGGACACGGGACCCCAGGCCCUUUCCCCUGUGCUGACGGCAUUGCUGUGGGGAUGGCUUGCUGCCCUCCUUGGCUCCGUGUCUUUCCUGGGCGCCUGUGCUGUGCUUGCGAUGUGUAUCAAUAAACCACCAUGGCCGGAGGGCC